AUGACACUAGUUCUUUAUCGACGAAUGGACCAAAGCAAUGACAAAGUCAUCCUCAUUUCCGGCGGAGGCUCCGGCCACGAACCCGCGCACGCAGGAUACAUCGGCGAGGGAGCAUUGGACGUCGUGGUCGCUGGCGAGAUCUUUGCCUCCCCUUCCGCUUCACAGAUCCUCACAGGCCUACAGACUAUCAAGUCGUCAAAAGGAUCGUUGAUGAUCGUCAAGAACUACACAGGUGACAAGCUCAACUUCGGCCUCGCAGCAGAAAAGGCAAAGGCAGACGGACAGAAGGUUGAGAUGAUUAUUGUUGGGGAUGAUGUGUCAGUUGAGGGAAACACGCUUGUUGGUCAGCGUGGUCUUGCAGGAACAGUCUUCUGCCAUAAGAUCGCUGGCGCAAAGGCAGCUCAGGGAGCCUCCCUCGAGCAAGUCGCCUCCACUACAAGAAGAGCCGCUUCGCAAAUGGCCACCGUCGCAGCGAGUCUCGAUCGAUGUAGUGUUCCCGGACGGGCGAUUCAAGAAGCCCUUCCCCAUGGCCAACUCGAAUUCGGAAUGGGAAUACACAACGAGCCGGGUGUCAAGCGCGAAGAAAUCUCGAGCCUUGAGGUUACAGUUGAGAAGGCAUUGAGUAUGAUGUUCACUCCCAAGGCCAAUAUGUGGCAACCAGAAAGGGGGCAGUGUGUAGCUUUGAUGGUCAAUAACUUGGGCGGCUUAAGUGUCUUGGAGGUUAGUGUUGUUGCAGACGAGGUGGUAAAGCAACUGGUCGAACGUGGCAUACAUAUCGAAAGGAGUCUUGUUGGCACUUUUGUUACGUCGCUCGAUGGCCCUGGCUUUUCUGUUACACUGCUGUCACUUGACGAUGAGUUGACAGAACUGCUUGAUGCUCCCACUACCGCACCUGCUUGGCCACGUUCGAUUCACGGCUGGGCAACAGAUAUGGAGUCUGUAUCAAAGCGUGAGACAACAAUUCCUGUAGCGAAGGGCAAUAGCAAGGAGACGGGAGUAAAGGUGCCGACAUCACUUGUCAAGGUUCUCAUUGAAUCAGUGGCACGAACAACAACGAGGGAUGAGCCAAAAAUCACAGAAUAUGACACCCUGGCUGGCGAUGGAGACUGUGGAGAAACGCUUCUGAAUGGAGUAACUGGUCUUGUUAAGGAGUUCGAAAACGACGACGCAGUUUCCCUUGACAUUGGCCAAAUCUUCCGACGAACAGCGGCAACCGCAGAAAGGAGCAUGGGUGGCACGUCGGGCGCCAUCUACGCCAUUUUCCUCAACGCUGUAGCAAACCGACUUUUACAAGUGACUGCCGAGUCUCCAUCGCUAACGGUGUCCGAGUUCAUACAACAAGCUCUGCAGGGCGGCUUAAGCGAGCUUUGCAGAUACACACCCGCACGUAUCGGCCAUCGCACACUAAUGGAUGCACUUAUACCAUUUGUCAAGAACUACUACCUGGAUGGCUCACUAAGGGCUGCUCUGGCAGAGGCGCGAAAUGGUGCUGAGAGCACACGGCGGAUGGUAGCGGCCCUGGGACGGGCGAGCUAUGUUGGACAGGAGAGGUUCGAUGAAGAGGGCGGUAUUCCUGACCCUGGAGCUCUAGGUGUUCCGAGUGUAGUCAAGGCAGACCAGGAUGAAGAGCACUGUCCACCCACUAAAGAACGCCACACUGCCUUUCCAGAGCACACAGGGCAAUUACGGAAGAAGCGCAAAUGUGAUGAGAGUCGGCCGGCCUGCGGAACGUGCCGUCGUCGCAAUGAGUCUUGCGAAUGGGGUCUCAAGAUUGCGUUUCGAGCCGAGCAUGCUCAAUGCUUAAAUGCGCGGCAUCCUUCGAUGAGGAAGAUGGCGAGGAGGAGGCAGCCGAGGGAGUUUGAGAUUCUGGAUGUGACGGAUGAAGUCAUUCGUGAUUACAAUGGUGCUGAGACGGAGGAGGAGGAUAACGAGACUAGUGAUGAUCAUGCGCGGGCAAGCACUUCUGGUAUGAACUUGAUCUGCAUCAUGGGUCUCGAUAUCUCAUCACCGACAUCACAGCGCCAGACCGAAAACGCCGUAGCCGACCUACUUUAUUUCAGCCAAAACGGGCAAUCUCAUUCCUCAGUCGACAUUGAUCCUGCUCUGCAGGUUUCCAUGGAGGCGAUCCCAAUUGACAUGAUAACAGACUAUCCGUACAUCGACCAGAUGCAAGCAUUUACCCCUGAGGGCAUCUCCGAGGACGGUAUCUUCUUGCCAGGCUCUGCGUACCACGAGUUACACUCGACACUCCGUAAUCAUCUCAUCCAAGAGACGCGGUCAAUUGCUCCAACAAGAUCAACAACGCCGCAUAUAGAGGUUGAAAGCUCAGGGGGCGUCUCCUUGGAAGAAACCGAGGUCACGAUCCCAAUACAAGAGUUUCAGCCCUCACAGACACUACUGCUCUCUCAGCAAGAGGAAUGCUCGCUAUGGAAGAACUACUUUGAUGAAAUUGCCCCCUGGCUCGACAAAUUCGACCGAGACCGCCAUUUCCAGCAGAUUAUUCCUACAAUGAGUAAAGACAACGACCACUUACGAUACUCGAUGCUGGCACUCUCAGCACGACAACUCGAACUUAAGCAUACACUACCGACGAAUCGUAGCCUCGCCCUCUAUCAAGAAGCCAUUCAUAUGCUCCUCCCACAUUUGCCGACCCGCGGAACAGCUGUUAUCGCCACCUGUGUUAUCCUUUGCGUGCUGGAGAUGCUGAGCUGUUCACCAAAGGCCUGGCAACGCCAUCUUGAUGGCUGUGCGAGUCUCAUGGAAGCUGUUGGCAUCAAUGGAUUUGUAGGAGGGACAGAGCAAGCCUUGUUCUGGUGCUUUGCGCGUAUGGAUAUCUGCGGUGGACUCAUAUCGUCUGUCAAGACUCUCAUUCCUAUCUGCCAUUGGGCCUCCAAGACGUUAUCGAUCGAAAACGAUGUCGAGCUCUUCAAGAGUGCUCCAACGUUUGAGGACUGGGCUAAUUAUGCUGUGUAUCUUACCGCUCAAGUCCUGGAUCUGUUAGCUGCCUCCCCUACUGAUCCAAGUCGCGAUGAAGCCAAGUUCCGGACUCGAUGGCUCAAGUUGUGGAAGUAUAUCUCUGAAUGGUACCAAGAGCGCCCAGCUCCAUUGCAUUCCAUCAUGACGAUCCCUUCGAGCGAGUCAUCCCCGUUUCCGACGAUUUUGUAUUCGAACCCUGCUGCCAUGUCAGGGAAUCAAAUGCAUCACGCAGCAUCGAUUCUUAUGCUACAGAACCAGCCAUCGACAGUACGACUAGGCCAUGCUUCCAAACCAAGAAGUAUCCUCUGGCAUGCAAGGCAGAUGCAUGAGCCAUCCAAGUGAGCAUAAAGCGAUCUUGGAAAUGUUGGACCGGAUCGAAAGGGAGAGUGGAUGGAGUACAAAAUGGAGAGUCGACGAUCUGAAAGAAUUCUACAAGUGCUCCUUGUCAACUGUAUGAAAGGGAUGAUUUAUGAAAUUCGGAGUUACCAAUGGGUCAAAGACAGACUAGGAGGUGUGUAGUUGAUAUUCUUGGUGAUAUUUAGCGUUUGUAGUUGCAGUGGGACUUGGCUUUGGUUUCAUGGAGACUUUUAAGAAAAUUCCAAGUGAACUUUUUUUACCCAGGAAUUAAA